AUGCGCCCACCACGAACCCUCAUACAAUGGCGCCCACUUCUCCUCCGCCACCCGCCAGCCCGGCUGCGGCUCUUCCAACACAACCCCCGCCGUAAUCUCCUGACCCUCGCCAUCGAGACAUCAUGCGACGACACCUGCGUCGCCGUCCUGAGCAAGCACUCCUCCCGCGCAACCCUCCACUUCAACCGCAAGAUCACCUCCGACCACCGCGCCUACGGCGGCGUCUGGCCCCCCGUCGCCCUCCGCUCCCACGACGCCUCCCUCGCACCCCUCAUCGCCGAGUCCCUCUCCCACCUGCCCCCAGCCACGGCACUACCGACCACAGAUAAUGACAACACCCUCACGAUCUCGGGCGUGGCCCGCCAGAAACCGGACUUCGUCGCCGUCACCCGCGGCCCCGGCAUGUCCGCCAACCUCGCCACGGGCCUCUCGGCAGCCAAGGGCCUCGCCGUCGCGUGGGGCGUGCCCCUCCUCGCCGUGAACCACAUGCAAGCCCACGCGCUCACCCCGCGCCUCGUCGCCGCCCUCGCCGGCAAGUCCAAGACGACGACGACGAUGACAGACGAAGACGACGACAACCACCCGGCGUUCCCCUUCCUCACCCUCCUCGUCUCCGGCGGCCACACCCAGCUCGUCCACUCCAGCUCCCUCACAACCCACCGCAUCCUCGCCAACACGAUCGACGUCGCCGUCGGCGACGCCCUCGACAAGGCCGCCCGCGACAUCCUCCCGCCCGAGAUACUCGCCGCGCACGGGGACGUCAUGUACGGCGCGCUGCUCGAGCGCUUCGCCUUCCCACCUGAUGGCACGAGUGCGGGAAUAGACCAGACCAACCCGGCGGACUACGACUACGAAUACACCCCGCCGGCCCGCCGCGCGGACGAGGUCCUGACGGUCUGCGCCCCGGCGCCGUACACCUGGAAACUGACCCCUCCAAUGCAGCGCUCGCGGCAGCUCGUCUACGCCUUCGCCGGCUUGGGCAGCCAGCUGCGCAGGGUCGCCGAGGCGGGCGGCGCGGACAUGACGCUCGACGAGCGGCGGGCUCUGGCGCGGGCCGCGAUGCGGUUGAUCUUCGAGCACCUCGCCAGCCGUGUCUUCAUAGCCCUCGACGCGGAGCCGGGGCUGAAGGACGGGCUGAGGACGCUGGUCGUCAGCGGCGGCGUCGCGAGCAACCGGUUCCUGAUGCACGUGCUGCGCGGGAUGCUCGACGCCCGCGGGUUCGGGCACGUCGAGGUCACGGCGCCGCCGGCUGCGCUGUGCACCGACAACGCGGCCAUGAUUGCGUGGACCGGCAUGGAGAUGUACGAGGCCGGUUGGGAGACCGCCUUGUCUGUAUCAUGUUUGAAGAAGUGGUCUGUUGAUCCCGCGAGUGACGAAGGUGGUAUCCUUGGCAUUGGCGGCUGGCUGAGAAGGGAUAGAGAAAAGUCAUCAUGA